AUGAAACGCCUACUUAAAGCGAUUAUUGAAGAUGUAAUUAUAGAACCAUCCAAGAUUCAGCCAAUCAUUGUUAAUUUUCAAAACGGAGAACUCAAAGAUGAGGAAGCCAAAAAAAUGUCAUGUGGUUUAUUUUAUGAUGAAAAGAGAAAAAAAACAAUGUUGGCUUUAUCAAAUGGACAGAUUGUUUAUAGAGGUUAUAAACCAGAUACAAGCAAGGACUUGAUGCGUACUAUGCUUGUACUUCAUAACAAAAAAACAGGAAAAGUGAGAUUAGUUCAGGUUGAACGUUGGCAAGUGACUCCAGUUUUAGAAAAACCAAUUGUAGAAGAUAAUAAAGGUGCAGAGGAUGAAAAGAUUGCUACAUUAAACAAACAGUUUGGUUCCAAAAAGGUGAAAAGAAGAACAGAGCAAUAUGAGCGGUUAAAAGUGAAUGUAGAAUCUGUUAAAGAGCAACUAGAACAAACUGUAUCUAGUGUUGAAAUUGAUAGAAUGGAAUUAUCAACACAGUUGUCAGAUAAUGAAUAUAUUACAAAUACAACUUUGCCAGAUUGUAAUAGAGGUGCAACUAAUGUAAAUGAUGUAUAUAGUAUAUAUGAUAUUGUACCAGAAAGUAAAUUGGAGACUCUGUACAACAAUGUUACAGAAAUUUUAAAUGAACAUCCUAGUAGUUCAGAAAGAAGUUCAAAAUUCUUUAGCCAAAUGUUAAAGUAUGUGAAGUCUGAUUCAAAUAGUGUUAAAAAAACUGCAUUACUUCUUUAUAUUCAAGCAGUUGCAACAUGGUUAAACAUGCCAAUCAGGGAUGCUAAGAAACGAGGUGUUGAAGUUUGUUCAGUUUCUCAUGAUAUUAACUUGCAUGUAAUAGAUACAUACAGUGUCCAAAGUAAUCAUGGACGGAUGAGACCAACUAGUAUAAAAGAUAAAGGAGUAUUACAUUGUAUGAUUUUGGCUUUAAUAAUUUGUAACUUUUCACUAGAUUUGGAAUUAUUUUCAACUAUAUUUAGUCAUCGUAUAGGUCUAAAAAAAUUGACAGACCUUGCCAGAAUUAUUGGUGCAUUACCUAAUAAGGAGGAUAAGAAAAUUGUUACUCUAAAAGUUCCAUUGCCAGCACCUGUAUCUGUUGUAAAAAAGGGAAAGAAAAAAUAGUUAUAACAUGGGUAUAAUUUUUACUCUAACAUUGUUUUCCCACAAA